AUGAGUGGUAGCAGCGACAUGAAAAUAGAGGGGUCAUAUAACAACGAUGAUAGAGUUUCGAUGUUACCUAACAGCGGUGACGUUAGCAGUUAUGAUGGUGGAGGGUGGUGGUGGCAGAAAACUAUGGUGGAGGCUGAUGGUGGAAGCAGCGAGAACUAUGGUGGAGGUGGCAGUAGUGGUCGUGUUGGGGAUAGUGUCGCCAGUGGAGGUGGUAGUGCCAACAUCAAUAGCGGCGGUGGUGACAGUGGAAGUGGUUGUAGCGACAGUGAAGGUGUGGUGGUGGAGAGGGUGUUACCUGGUGGUCAAGAUGAUGAUGGCCGUGGUAGCAACGUGGUGGUUAUGGCAGGCGGUGGUGGUGGUGGAGGUGGUGGUUGCAAUGGAGUCGGCGGUGGUGGUGGAGGUGAAAGUGGUGGCGUUGGAGGGUGGUGGGAGCAGCAGUAG